CCAUACAACCAAUUGGGCCUGAACGCUUCUUGUGAUGCCGGAAGUAGGUCGUUGUGUUUGUGGAUACGCAGUUUAAGUUUCCUUAAAAUUAGGCCCAGCUUAUAUCGUUAGCGAACUUCGUACGUUAAACAGCUACAAAGUAUAAGAAUGAAAGAGCCCACUGCACCUCAGUGUAAUUCCAUUGUCCCCGCGUUUUUGGUCAAACUCUGGACCCUUGUGGAAGAUCCGACUAAUGUUGACGUCAUCUCGUGGAACUGGAAUGGACAGAACUUUUGUAUUCUGGAUGAGCAGCGGUUUUCCAAAGAAAUUCUGCCCAAGUACUUUAAGCAUAACAACUUGUCAAGCUUUAUUCGGCAGCUUAAUAUGUAUGGUUUCAGGAAGGUAAUGAACCUAGAGAGUGGGCUUGCAAAAUCAGAGCACGGAACACCCAUUGAGUUCACUCAUCCUUGUUUUAAGAAGGGAAAGGCAGAGUUGCUGGAAAAUAUUAAGCGCAAGAUGUCUUCAGUAAAAACAGAAGACCCUCAUCUGUCUCAGGAUGAGUUACAGAAAGUGUUUUCUGAGUUGCAAGAGUUAAAAGAUGCUCAAAACGAUGUGGAUACAAAAUUGGAAAACAUGAGAAGGGAAAAUGAGACUCUUUGGAAGGAGGUGUCUUCACUCAGAAGAAGACACAGCCAACAGCAAAAACUGCUUGCAAAAAUACUUCAGUUCAUUCUAAGUCUAAUGAGAGGAAACAUUGUGAUGGGAAACAAAAGGAAAAGACCCUUAACAAUUGAAGCAUCCCAACCACCUUCAAAGUAUGGAUGUCAUGUCUUACACUUCCCUGAAAAUAAGAGGAAGCGGAUGAAUCUCCACUCUCAACAUCCUGGAACCUCUACUGACGAUGUGUUUAUUAUCCAUGAAAUCUCAGGUCCAGGGGAGGGAACAUCAGAUGUCCCCCCACCCGCUAUAGAACAACCACGAAACUACAUAGUUCCGCCUGUAACACCAACAAACACUGAAAAGCAUCAGAAUGUAGAAGAGGUUAUUCUGGUGGGUGAUCCAGUUUUAAACUCACAGCUGCCCAAUCCAGAGCAGCCCAUGAUUCCUAGUGGCUGUUUGGAUGAAGAUGGCCUGGCAUUGGAUAUAUGUCACACAAAUUCUAGUGAGGAUACUGAUAGUGUCAUCAAUUCAAUCCUCAAUGAAAACAAUACCCAAAGCAGUGCAGACAUGCUAGACUGUGAGGAGAUCCAGGACUUCUUGAGCUGUAUUGAUGCCAGUCUAGAAGAUCUGCAAAGUAUUCUGUCCAAGAAGAGGCUUAAUGUGGAAGCUGAUUUUCUUGAAGGGCUGUUUAAACCUGACUUGUUAUCCUCAGAUACUACAGUGACUGAAAACAAUGCUGGUCCAUUGAGUGAACUUCAAGACAGUGACAAACAAGUUACAUUACCUGAUGAUGAAGACCUUCUGAAUAAAGGCAAACAAUUGAUGCAAUACACAGGGAACCACGUGCUCUCCUUAUUUGAUGAGCUGACAGCAGCAAAUAGCGGUUCCCCAUCUGAUCCAAUAGAUCAUCUUGCAGGAGCUGCUGAAAGUAUCCUUCCUGACAGUUCCACUGAACAGAGGGGCAGUGCUUUAGAAGAGGACGCAUGCAAAGAAGUAAACUUACUGGUCGAGGAUUUCAGUGGCUCCCAUGGAUUGCCUAUUUUUGUCCUCAGUCCAGUUAAUAAGUUAAUUGAUGAAGCCACAGAGACUGAUAAUGUCUGAGGUUUAAACUAUUUCUUCUACUGGAUACCAUGACUUCAGACACUUGAAACCUGUAAAAUAUGACAAUGUAAAAACAUUAUCUCUAUCUCCAAAGCAACUUUAUUUAGCAGUCUUUAAAUCUCCUCAUACCCAUCGACCUUGAUUGAUGUAAACAUGUAUACAUGUUAUACACGUAUACAUGUUAUACAUGUAAACAUGUAUAACAUACACAA